AUGCUGCCGUCCUACGCUCCCCACAGAUCCAGGGGGGGCCGAGGGAACGGCCUGUACAUGGUGCUGGUCGUGGUGCUCAGCGUCGCCCUGGUGGGCCAGUUCAUUUACUGGAGGCGCCAAGUGUCUGAUCUGGCUCUGGAGGUUGGCGGCGUGCACGCCAGGAUGGAGAAGCAGGAGAAGGCGGUGCGGGAGGAGCUGACGGAGCAGAAGAACUCCGUGCAGAGGAUAAUGGAGGAAAAGGCCGCCCUGGAGAAACUCAACCAGUUCCUGCAGGAGAAGCUCAACGACUGCGAGGGCGAGAAGACGGAGAAGGCGAGGGAGGCCGAGGACCUGAGAGCCAAGCAGGGCACCCUCCAGGCGGACCUCGACCAGCUGCAGCGCGAGUGCAAGGAGCUGAACUCGCGCACCGCCGAGGCCGAGGGCCAGGCCGCCGACCUCAAGCAGGAGCUCGCGGCGAUGCGCGGCUCGGGCAACGCCCAGCCAGAGAACGUCAAGCCCGCGCCCAAGGUGGUCGAUCAGGCGGUGCCCAAGGCGCCGGUCACCAGCCCGGUGACGACUGCAGUCACGAGCCCAGUCACCGCCAACCAGGGGGCAGAGACGGUUGGCAGCGGAGGGGAUGCGCACGGGACCGCCGAGAAUGAGAAGGCCGAGGAGGGCACGGCGAUCCAGACGGGCGGCGUUGGCGAGGAGUACGCGAACCAGACCUCGGAGGUGUUGGCCAGGGUCGCGGGCGGAGACGUGCUGGGGUUGUUGGAUCGGGAGGGUCAGGGCCGGGACGGCGAGGGCGAGAAUGCGGAGGAGUCCGCGGGGGAGGGCGGGCUGGGGGACAGGGGCGAAGACGGCAAAUUUGACGCGUGGUCGAAUCAAGAAGGCCCCCCGACGCUGAUUCGCCCGCCUGACCUGAUCGGAAAGGGGGCAUCGGACGUGCAGGGUGCAAACGGUUAUCGAAUGGACUCCGGAAGGGAAGAGAGUGCGGGCCUCCUGCAAACGAGCAGACGAUCUGCACUGCAAGCUGUUCUGCUGGAUGCCGAAGAGUGA